AUGGCUGUCGACUUCUACACCCUAGGCGUGGCCAUGUUCGCGGCCAUUGGCACGUUCUUCUUUGGCUUUGAUACUGGCAUUGCUACUACGACAAUCGCUCAUGAUAGCUGGGUGAACUACAUGCAUCAUCCUUCGGAUGGGCUGACGGGUGCUGUUGUUGCUGUUUAUAUCGCCGGCGAAGCAGGAGGAGCUCUGACCCAGACCCUCAUCGGCGACAAGCUAGGACGUAUUCGCUUUAUGCAGUUGGCCUGCAUCAUCGUCACUAUCGGCGUCACCGUACAGACAGCAUCAGUCAACAUGGGCAUGUUCCUCGCUGGUCGUUGCGUCGCAGGCUUUGCCGUCGGCGGCAUGGUUGGCACUGUGCCCAUUUACCUAUCCGAGAUUGCGCCGCCGCACCAUCGUGGUCUCAUCGCGGGAGUGUCGGGCUGCGGCAUCUCCUUCGGGACGAUGAUGUCAAACUGGGUCGGGUUUGCCUGUAGCUACGCUCCGUAA